GCUCAACGGUGGUCAACACUCCGCACAAGCUCAAAAAGUCAGCUUCCCGGGAUUCGACAAUCUGGACUGGAAGCCGACGAUGCGCGGCGACGCGACGGCCUGGGACGAGGACGCCUACAGAGAGAGCAUCUUGAAGGAGAGGGAAGUCCAGACCCGAACCGUGUUCCGCACCGCCUUCCCCCCCUCCCCGAACCCUAACCCCGACGCCGUCGUCGUCGCCUCCAGCGACGGCUCCGUCGCCUCCUACUCCAUCUCUUCCUGCUUAUCCAAUCGCGUAAGUCCUUCGUGCCCGGGGCAUCGAGUCCUCAUCGAGCUCUCUCCGUGGCUUUCGCAUGAUUUUGGGCCAAAAUCCACGAGGGUCAGACUGCAGUCAUUGCGUUUUGCCGACACGAAGACUCAAGAUGUGUUAGAGGCUGAACCUGCUUGUUUCCUUCAAGGGCAUGAUGGACCUGCCUAUGAUGUCAAAUUCUAUGGUGAUGGUGAAGAUUCUCUUCUACUGAGUUGUGGUGAUGAUGGGCGGAUUCGGGGGUGGAUGUGGAGAGACUUUAUGAGCUCAGAGGCGCGUCACCAUUCACAAGGAAACAGUGCAAAUCCAGUACUUGAUUUGGUAAAUCCUCAAAGUCGAGGUCCUUGGGGUGCCCUUUCACCAAUCCCUGAGAACAAUGCCCUGGCUGUUGAUGUUAAGCGGGGAUCCAUUUAUGCUGCAGCCGGUGAUUCUUGUGCAUAUUGUUGGGACGUGGAGUGUGGUAAAAUAAAAAUGGUUUUCAAAGGGCAUUCUGACUACCUGCACUGUAUAGUUGCUCGGAAUUCUUCGAGUCAGAUUAUAACAGGUUCGGAGGACGGGACGGCAAGAAUAUGGGAUUGCAGAAGUGGUAAGUGCGUCCAAGUAGUUGAUCCAGACAAAGGCCAUAAGAAAGGUUUCUUCUCAAGUGUUAGUUGCCUUGCUCUCGAUGCAAGUGAGAGUUGGUUGGUCUGUGGUCGGGGUCGGGAUUUAUCUAUCUGGAGUAUAUCUGCUUCUGAUUGCAUAGCAAAAAUCUCAACCAGUGCUCCUGCGCAGGAUGUCUUAUUUGAUGAUAAUCAGAUAUUAGAGGUUGGAGCUGAACCUUUGAUCAGUCGUUUAGACAUGAAUGGGGCGGUUCUUUCUCAGAUACAUUGUGCGCCUCAGUCAGUGUUUUCGGUUUCUUUGCAUCAAUCUGGUGUAACCGCAGUCGGGGGUUAUGGAGGCUUAGUUGACGUGAUUUCCCAGUUCGGAAGCCACCUUUGCACAUUUCGCUGCAAAUGCGUGCGGAAAUUUAUAUAUUCGGGAUUUAGUAAUUUGAGCACUCGUCAAGGUGCUCCCCGCCCGAUCGCCGAAGCUUCUCCGGUCGCCUUCCUGUCUCGAUCGAUCGGCCGAUCCCGCUUCUCUUCGUCCGUCGAAGCAGCCCCGUCGGCAUCAGCAAUGGCAGGAGUUGUCUCAGAAGGGUCGGCGUUCGACUCUCGUCAGUAUGAUGCUAAGAUGAGUGAGCUACUUUCGGCCGAUGGGGAGGAUUUCUUUACAUCUUAUGAUGAGGUGUAUGAGAGUUUUGAUGCUAUGGGCUUGCAAGAGAAUCUCCUGAGGGGCAUUUACGCAUAUGGUUUUGAGAAACCCUCAGCAAUUCAGCAGAGGGGAAUUGUGCCAUUCUGCAAAGGUUUAGAUGUUAUUCAACAGGCUCAAUCAGGAACUGGAAAGACAGCCACUUUCUGCUCUGGCAUUUUGCAACAACUUGAUUACGGUUUGGUGGAGUGCCAGGCUUUGGUUCUGGCUCCCACUAGGGAACUUGCACAGCAGAUUGAGAAGGUCAUGCGAGCUCUUGGAGACUAUCUUGGUGUCAAAGUACAUGCUUGUGUUGGUGGAACCAGUGUUCGUGAAGACCAACGAAUCCUUUCUAGUGGGGUUCAUGUUGUAGUUGGUACUCCUGGACGUGUAUUUGACAUGCUCCGAAGACAGUCCCUUCGUCCUGAACACAUCAAGAUGUUUGUGUUAGAUGAGGCAGAUGAAAUGCUUUCACGUGGUUUCAAGGAUCAGAUCUACGACAUUUUCCAGCUUCUUCCAUCAAAAAUUCAGGUUGGUGUAUUCUCUGCCACAAUGCCACCUGAAGCUCUUGAGAUUACAAGGAAGUUUAUGAACAAACCUGUUAGGAUUCUUGUGAAGCGUGAUGAGCUCACUCUGGAAGGUAUCAAGCAGUUUUAUGUCAAUGUCGAUAAGGAGGAAUGGAAGCUCGAGACUCUUUGUGAUCUAUAUGAAACUCUGGCUAUUACCCAAAGCGUCAUCUUUGUAAACACCAGGCGCAAAGUUGACUGGCUCACAGACAAAAUGAGGAGCCGAGACCACACUGUAUCAGCCACCCAUGGAGAUAUGGACCAGAAUACUAGAGACAUUAUCAUGCGUGAAUUUCGCUCGGGAUCAUCCCGUGUGCUAAUCACCACAGAUCUUUUGGCCCGUGGUAUCGACGUUCAGCAAGUCUCUCUUGUUAUUAAUUAUGACCUGCCGACACAACCCGAGAACUAUCUUCAUCGUAUAGGGCGUGGUGGAAGGUUUGGAAGGAAAGGUGUCGCCAUCAACUUUGUUACGAAGGAUGAUGAGAGGAUGCUGUCUGAUAUCCAGAGGUUCUACAACGUGGUCAUUGAGGAGCUUCCAGCAAAUGUUGCAGAUCUCCUGUAAUAGGAUUUUGCAUUCAGUGGUAGGAUGCUUGAGACCCAUCUUGUGAAAGAGUGACUCAAUGUGCUAUGCUUUUGGUUUUACUUCUCGUCUUAUAGGCACAGACUUCAUCAUAAUUUUGAAACUGGUAAGUUGAUAUUUGAGUGAUAUGUCAUGAAAGCUUGCAUUUGCAGUA